UCAAACCAAACUCAAUACUAUUUGUAAAAGAACCAACUUUUUUUUCAUUUCUGUCUCUCACCGGAAAUAUAAAAAAAGUCUCUCUUUUAUAGACCUGUCGGAGAAGUACUAUGUCUCCGACGAGUGUUCAAAUAACUGAUUACCAUCUCAACCAAUCAACGAAUGGUACAACUAAUCUCUGGUCAAACGACGAAGAUGCGUCAGUGAUGGAGGCUUUCAUCGGCGGCUCUGAUCAAUCUUCUCUUUUUCCCCCUCCUUCUCCUCCUCUUCCACCUCCGGCGCAAUCUCAGUUCAACGAAGAUACUCUCCAACAACGGCUCCAAGCUUUAAUCGAAGGAGCAAAUGAGAGCUGGACUUACGCUGUGUUCUGGCAAUCAUCUUACGAUUUCGCCGGAGAAGACGACGGAGGAGGAGAAAGCAGAAACACGGCGGUGUUAGGUUGGGGAGAUGGUUAUUACAAAGGAGAAGAAGAGAACUCUAGGAAGAAGAAAUCGAACCCAGCUAGUGCAGCUGAGCAAGAGCAUCGUAGGAGAGUGAUUAGAGAGCUCAACGCUUUGAUAUCCGGAGGAGGAGGAGUAGUAAACAAUGGUGGCGGCUCUGAUGAAGCAGGAGAUGAAGAAGUUACAGAUACUGAAUGGUUCUUCUUGGUCUCGAUGACACAGAGCUUUGUCAGUGGUACUGGUUUGCCUGGUCAAGCUUUCUCGAAUUCGAACACGAUUUGGCUAUCUGGGUCUAAUGCGUUAGCUGGAUCGAGUUGUGAGAGAGCUCGUCAAGGUCAGAUUUAUGGGUUACAGACAAUGGUGUGUGUACCAUGUGAGAACGGCGUCGUUGAGCUUGGUUCCUCGGAGAUUAUACAUCAAAGCUCAGAUCUUGUUGAUAAAGUUGACACCUUUUUCAACUUUAACAACGGUGGUGGUGAAUCUGGUUCUUGGGCGUUUAAUCUGAAUCCAGACCAAGGAGAGAACGAUCCGGGUUUGUGGAUUGGUGAACCUGAUAGCGUCGGAGUUGAAUUGGGUCUUGUAGCUCCGGUGAUGAAUAAUACUGGUAAUAACUCAGCUUCUAAUUCUGAUUCUCAACCAAUUUCAAAGCUUUGCAAUGGAAGCUCUGUUGAAGACCCUAAACCUCAGGUUACGAAAUCUAGUGAAAUGGUGAGUUUCAAGAAUGGGACUGAUGAGAAUGGAUUCUCUGGUCAAAGCCGGUUUAUGGAAGAAGAUAGUAACAAGAAGAGAUCUCCUGUUUCGAAUAACGAUGAAGGAAUGCUUUCAUUCACCUCUGUUCUUCCACGGCCUGCUAAAUCCGGCGACUCAAAUCACUCUGAUCUUGAAGCUUCAGUGGUUAAAGAAGCGGAGAGUAACAGGACUGUGGUUGAACCGGAGAAGAAACCGAGGAAACGAGGGAGAAAACCGGCAAAUGGAAGAGAAGAGCCAUUGAAUCAUGUUGAGGCAGAGAGACAGAGAAGAGAGAAGUUGAAUCAGAGAUUCUACUCUUUAAGAGCUGUGGUUCCUAAUAUCUCUAAGAUGGAUAAAGCUUCUCUCUUAGGAGACGCCAUUUCUUAUAUCAAUGAGCUUAAGUCUAAGUUGCAAAAGGUUGAAUCUGAUAAAGAAGAGUUGCAAAAGCAGAUUGAGGGAAUGAGCAAAGAGGCAGCAAAUGAGAAAAGUUAUGUUAAAGAACGGAAAUGUGCGAAUCAAGAAUCAGGUGUGACAAUUGAGAUGGAGGUAGAUGUGAAGAUCAUUGGUUGGGAUGCCAUGAUACGAGUUCAAUGCAGUAAGAGGAAUCAUCCUGGUGCUAAGUUCAUGGAAGCACUCAAGGAACUGGAUUUGGAAGUGAAUCAUGCGAGUUUAUCUGUAGUGAAUGAUCUUAUGAUCCAACAAGCGACUGUGAAAAUGGGGAAAGAGUUUUUUACACAAGAUCAGCUCAAGGUUGCUUUAAUGGAGAAAGUCGGAGAAUGCCUAUGAGUUGCAUCAUUAGUACUAAUGAACCCGAGAACAAUACUGCAAAAACGAUUAAAAGUUGUAUUGUAGUGUGUAACUAUAUUAUGUAAGGGUGAUUUUGCAGCACCCACUUGUUGUUGUUGUUGGUUGCUUGUACGAUAGGGUUCUUAGUUAAGUAGUUUCAUGGUUAUUAGUAGCUAUGAUCAGUUUGGGUUUAUGGUUUCAGUAGAUAAAUGUGUUUGGCCAAUGGGUAAGUCUAUAUUUGUUGGUGUAUGUAUGUAAUUAUUAUGAUUUAUGAAUAAGUGUUUUCUUAGAAAUUAAACACAUGGGAUUGAAGUUGAAGGUUUAUUGUUUU